UUUGUAUUUUUUGAUCAAGGUCAUACGUAUGUACAAGAAAAAUAUACGUAUAUCGAAUGACAUAUGAAAUAUCAAUUAUUAUGUCAUGAUAUGUAUACACGAAGGUUAAAAUUUAAGUUGAUGUCAAUCGAUAACGCAUUCAAAAAUACAUAGAUAUAAUUUUACAAAAGAAGAAUAAUAAGAAAGAUAAAAAGAUCUCAGAAUUAUAAUUAUGCUUAUAUCUCUAUAGUUUCUAGUAAACUAUAUUGCAAUUGUGUUAUAUCGUAAAGUUGAUAUUUUAAAAAUCAGCGAUGAACAGAAAAAACUGGUUAAUAGUUGGCAUCUCAGGAGUAACAUGCAGCGGAAAAAGUACCUUAGCUAAAGAAUUACAUAAAAAGUUAGAUGAUUCUAUUGUAAUACAUCAAGAUAGUUAUUUUUUAUCUCCAGAUGAUCCAAGGCACGUUAAAAUUCCAGCAUUAAAUCAUAUUAAUUGGGAAAUUUUAUCAAGCUUGGAUAUGAACAAAAUGUAUUCGGACAUUUUAAAAUUGAUAGAGUCUAAGCCAAAAAGAUCUGAUAAAUCUGAUAAAGAGUUAAGACGAGUAUUAAUAUUAGAAGGUUUCUUAUUAUUUGGGUUUAAACCGAUUUCAAAUUUAUGCGAACUUAAAUAUUUCCUUACAUUGACCAAAGAAGAAUGUUGGAAACGUAGGAGCAUAAGAACGUAUUCUCCUGCUGAUGUUCCAGGAUAUUUUGAUGCAUUUGUUUGGCCAGAAUAUUUAAAAUAUCUAUCAGUAAUUAAACAAAAUGAUCAGGCAUCUACAGAACUAAUAUUCCUUGACGGAACAAUGGAAUCACAUGAAAUGGUUCAAAUGGUUUUAACAAAAAUUCAAGAUCUGUUAUCUUAAAAUAUUAAUAUACUAUUGUUAUUAUUCUAAACAAAUGCUUGUAAAUAGAGAUUAUUUUUUGCAUUAUCAGCUACAACUGUUGUAUUUUAUUAUAAGGAUGGACCAAAAAAAAAAGAGAAACGAAGAACAAAUUUAUUUCUACUUACAGUUCAAAAUAGAUUAACACAAGAAUCAAUUAAAAAUCUUAAGUUUACAUUUCUAUUAUUAAGCACAAAAUUAUUUGCAUAAUAGUUUACUGUUAUCAUGUUAUUAAAGAUAUUACAUGCUUUGGUAAUUUUAUAUUUGAAACAUCUAAUAUAAAAAGACUCACUUUCAUUUUUCACUGUAAAAAAAAUAUAUUACUUACCUGAAACUUUGAAUUUGUCUAAUAUAUAAAUGUAAUAAAAGAAAUAUAAAUAAAUUUGUAAAUCGCUCAAAAAGAAAUAAUAACUAAGAUCAUACUACUAAGUACUAAUUUUGUAACACAUACUUAUACAUUUAGAAAGCUGUACUAUUUCAAUAAUUUAUUAAGUUUACUUUUAGUGUUAAAAAUGCUCAUGUAUGAAACAGCGUGUAUCCUUAUUUUUCAAAACAAUACGACCUCUCGUGGAUAACUACCACAAUAUUUUAAUCAUCUACGUAAUUUUAUUCAUAAAGCCUGCUUCAGAUGUUAAUUAUCUCGUGAUGUAUUUUAUAUGCAAAUUGAAACAAACUCAAUAAUAAUUAUGAGAUAAAGCAUAUUGGUAACUUUAUACAGAUACGUACUACACUUCUUUUUUUAUUAUCUUGCGUUUGUGUUUUUACUAUAUGUUGUUUUUAAAUUGUGAUUUUACAAAUAUGAGCGUCAAUACAACUGUUAAGAAAAAUUCUAGAAUCAAUAAACUGCGAUUAGUUUCAGCCUUAAUUUCUUAUUGUUUAGAAUUUUACUAGUUGUUAAUCGUAGUCUUGUAAUCUUUGUACAAAAUAGAUUAUUUUAGCCAAA